AUGGGAACCAAGGUUAACAGGGAUGGAAAAAAAGGUGGAUCGCGUGUCUGUUUGCGUCAUCGCCUAGCACAAGUGGAAGACUCUGAUGAUUCUCUUCUUGUAGAUGAUCUGGAUCAAGGUCCUCCCGUACCUUGGGGGAGAGGUAGUAGCAGAUCAGGCCCAUCUUGGCUUCUUGGGGGAUCAGUUAUUGACAGGACAACAUCAUGGAGUCUAAAAGCCGCUGCUUUUGGUUGGGCUCAUCAGAAUGAUACUCUUGCUAAUUUGACUUCUGGUAUUCAAACUCCUGGGCCAAGCUCUAAAGGAAGGGCCGAUAUUUAG